AUGUCCGGAAAGCGUGAAGAUAUCUUGGCAUCAGCAGUCAAGUUUCUACAAGAUCCCAAGGUUCAAUCUUCUCCUUUAGGGAAGAAGGUGGCCUUUUUGGAGUCCAAGGGUAUGACUUCAGAGGAGAUCGAGGAGGCUAUGCAACGGGCUAAUGGAACAGCUGCAACAACCACUACUGCAGCUCCUUAUGGACCAGGAGGUCAGGUUAUGAUGGCGCCACCACCUUUACCACCAAAAUAUGAUUGGAAAGAUAUGUUUAUUGCUGCUGUUGUUGCAGGAGGAUUCAGCUAUGGUCUAUGGCAAGUUGCAAAGAAAGUCGUUGGUCCCAAGUUGCAAUGGCCUUCCCAAGAAGACCUUGAACUGGACAAGAAAAAGUUGGAUGAACAAUUUGAAGAAAUCGAGAAAAAUUUGACCGAGGUUAAAGAGAGUACGACUGUUGUAGCCAAGAAUGUGGAAGAUCAGACUGCGCACGUGAAGGAAUCUCUUGAGAACAUGUCUGGUGUCUUGGAUGGCAUGAAGACAAACGAUGAGAAGCGUGAGCAGGAGCUUUCAGGACUAAAAUCUGACAUUGAGAAUAUCAAGAGCAUGAUCCCCAAGCUCAUGGAUAAGAAUAAAGAAUCUCAAGCAAACGUAUUAAACGAACUUCAGACAGAGAUCAAGUCUCUCAAGAGCUUGUUGUUGAACCGGCGAGCCCCUGGAGCAAGCCCUGCAGUGCCUGGAUCACCUGUUGCUUCUGCCGGAGCCCCUGGUGCUCCUUGGAGCACUACAUACGGCAAUCCUUCUUCAACUUCUCAGCCUAGCACACCCAGUACCAAGGGCCCAGAGGAGGCUAGUGGAGCCAUGAAUUUCUUGAACUCAAAAGCUUCCAUCCCAGCAUGGCAAUUGGCAGCUCAAAAAUCUACUGUACCAGCAACAUCUUCAACUGCUGAGGCGAGCAAUUCUUCAUCUGCAGCUGUUGAGGGAUCAGAGACAACAACUUCUGCUUAAAAAAUAAAAAAACAAUGAAAUAAUGUAGACAUUUUCAUCCAGAU